CUGUGAUCGACAUCCGGAUUGUGGACCGAACGAUGACUCAGACGAACCGGACCGGUGUUAUAAAUGUGAAGAGUUUGAAUGUCAGAACGGAGCCUGCGUGCAGUUCGAAAUGCUUUGUGAUGGAGUCAACAAUUGCGGUGUUUCUUUUCCAGUGACAACUCGGAUGAAGCUCAGUGCGAUGUGGAGUGCAAGCCGAAUGAAUUCUACUGCAGUCCGUACGGGUGCAUUGAUCGAUCCCAGAUGUGCGAUCCUAAGCUGAAUUGUUUGAACGCGUUCGGCGAUUGCAAUCAGCGGAUGAAUGGAAGCCUCAACGGUAGUAGUGCGAUUAUUCCGACUGGGCUGAUCAAGACGGAAGCUGAGCUGAUUGCCCAGUGCGAGAAGGACGUCGGUGUGGUUUGUGAGAUGGAUAAAGAUUGUAUGAAGGCGCUGCAGAAACAGUGUCAGAAUGCGAAACUUCCGGUGUACAAUGAAACUGUGGUCUGCUUGCACCCGGAAAGAGUUUGCCGAGCAACGAACAGUUGUGUAAAGGUUGAACAGUUAUGCGAUGGGCGUAUGGACUGUCCAGAUAACAUGGACGAGGGCUUCCGAUGCAAGGAUAUGCUUUGCGAUAGUACCAAUGAGUGUUCGCAUCUGUGUCACAAUGCUCCGGAAGGGUACGUUUGUUCGUGUCCGGAUCAUCUGUAUCUACAGCCGAACGGGAAGAAUUGUCUGGUUGAUCAUGCUUGCGAACAUUGGGGGACAUGUUCACAAAUUUGUACUCCCAAUGGAAAACACUACAAGUGUGACUGUAAGGAGGGAUACACGUUAACAUUCGAUAAGUUCACUUGUCGGAGUAACAAUGCGGAUGCUCCGCAUGUAAUUUUCAGCAACCGACAGGAGAUUCGAGGUGUAGAUCUGAAUACGCUGGCCGUGAAGAACUUUUACACAUCUCUGAGGAAUACGAUUGCGCUGGAUUUUUUGUGGCGAAAUGAUUCCGUUCAGAUUUUUUGGACGGAUGUGAUCGACGAUAAAAUAUUCCGAGGAACACUCACUGGGGAUUCUUUGAGUAACGUGGAAGCAGUUGUCCAAUCGGGGCUGUCGACGGCUGAAGGACUAGCAGUUGAUUGGAUCGGAAUGAAUCUUUACUGGAUCGACAGUAAUUUGGAUCAAAUUGAGGUAGCGAAAACAAACGGUAGCUACCGUCGAACGCUAGUCGCUGGAGAUAUGGUUAACCCAAGAGCAAUUGCGCUAGAUCCCAUGGAAGGACUUCUUUUUUGGACAGAUUGGGAAGAGGGUGCUCCACGGUUGGAACGUUGCUCUAUGGCUGGAGAGUCUCGAACUACGAUCAAGUAUGUAGGACCGGACGGUGGUUGGCCCAAUGGUAUCACUCUGGAUUACGUCCUGAAACGCGUCUACUGGAUUGACGCCCGUUCGGACUCAAUCCAUACAAUCAACUACGAGGGUGAUGAUCAUCAUUUGGUUAUCAAAGAUCAGGAAGUUCUUUCACACCCGUUCAGUAUUACUCUGUUCGACAACUACGUCUACUGGACCGAUUGGCGAACGAACUCAGUGAUCCGCGCCAAUAAGUGGAACGGUACCGAUGUAACCGUGAUCCAACGCACACAGAGCCAACCGUUUGGCAUCCAGAUUCUUCACUCCAGUCGGCAGCCCAACAAUCGUUCCAGCAAUCCAUGCGCUGAAAACAACGGAGGUUGUUCGCAUCUUUGCCUUCUCAGCGUUAACCAAACCUACCAGUGUGCCUGUCCGCACGUCAUGCGACUGGACGAAAAUCGGAAACGUUGCAUUCCGAAUGAAGAGAUCCUCCUCUUUGUAAUGUCCACCGAGAUACGGGGAGUCGAUCUGCAGCAACCUAAUCACUACACCAUUCCCACGAUCAGUCACCAGACGCAGGUUGUCCAACCGGCCGUGCUGGACUACGACAUAUCGGAGGCUCGGCUCUAUUGGAACGAUAUCCAGUUGAACGAGAUCAAGUCUUCGGUACUGGCAACGGGACCGAUCGAGACCAUCCUGGAUACGGAUAUAUCGCAUUCGUUGGGUUUUGCCGUGGAUUGGAUUUCGAGGCUACUGUUUGUGUCCACUGGAACGGAACAAAGCAGUCGAAUACUUGCUUGCAACAUGAAUGGCGAGUUUAUUACGGAAGUGCUGUCGGAUCUGGCUCUGGUCAACAGUAUAGUGGUUCAUCCGACCAAGGGCCUGCUAUAUUUUGCUACUUCUAUCGAAUCCCCUAAGCUGUACGAACUGUACUUCAGUCGAAUGGAUGGUUCCGAGAAGCAGCUGAUUAGCAAUUCAACAUUCUUCCCGAUGGAAAGUUUGGUGUUCGAUUUCGAAACUGAACGGCUCUACUACGUUGCGUCGAAGGUUGGGGAAAUCUACUACUACAAUACGAUCAACGGAAAGAUCAUCAAAGUGUCCGCGUCAGACAAUUCAUUACCGAUCAGUACCAUCACCGUGUACCGAGAGCACAUCUACUACGACGAUAGCCUGUACAGUCGUAUCAUGCGCUGCGAUAAAAAUCUAUGCCAGAACGCGGAAGUAGUCCGGAACAAUACCGGUGGGGUGAACGCGAUACGGAUGUAUCACCCGGGAGCGCAGAACGGAACCAACUCGUGUCGCGACAGUAACGGAGGAGGCUGUCAGCAUCUGUGUGUGCCGUUGUCGGCGCAGACGCACACCUGCGCCUGUGCUAUGGGUUAUCGGAAGGAUGACAAGUUUCCUACGCGCUGUCAGGCGAUCGAUAACUUCCUAAUGUACUCGAUCGGGCAUCAGCUGAAGGGUUUGGCCAUAGGGGAUGCCGAAGAUCUUAACGAGAUUGUGAUUGGGCCGCUGCAGAAGAUAUCGCUCGCUACGGGUAUCGAUUACCACGCGAGAAAUGAUUUCGUUUACAUAGCCGACAGUGAUCGAGGCUCGAUCACGAAAAUCAAACGGGAUGGAAGCGAAAGAUCGGUGAUUGUGAGCAACUUCGAGCAGGUGGUUGAUGGAAACUCGAUCGAUUGGUUAGGCGGAAUUGCGAUAGACUGGGUUGCGGACAAUAUCUACUGGACGGAUCAGAAGCGGAACUUGAUCGAGGUGGCGAGGUUAAAUGGAAGUUUGAGAUAUGUUGUUGCAUCUAACCUAGAAAGUCCGCGGCUGAUCGCUGUUGAUCCUGUUAGCGGGUUCAUUUUCUACUCUGGCAAAGGUAAAAUUGGAAGGACAGGCCUCGAUGGAACCGGGAAGUUCUUGUUGGUAAAUCAAAGCUCCAUGAUCAGUGACAUGACGUUGGAUAUCGAAAACCAAGUCGUGUACUGGUGCGAAAUACAGACGGAUACGAUUUGGAGAGUUGAUUAUGAUGGCAAUAUGAAAACGAUCCUACUGAACAACACCCUAGAUAACGUUAAGGCUUUGGACCUUUUCGAAGAGAACAUUUUCUGGUCGGAUGUUCGCGGCAAUAUCAAGGUAGCGAACGUGAGGAACAUCACCAACUACUGGACUGUGAUCGAAUCCGAAGGAACAUCACUGAAAGACAUCCGAAUCUUCUCUUCACGCAAGCAACAGAAAACAAACGCCUGUGGAAUCAACAACGGAGGCUGUCAGGAGCUGUGCCUGUUCAACGGAACUCAUCCGAUUUGCGCCUGUUCGCAUGGAAAAAUCUCCAAAACUGACCUUAAAACAUGCGAACCAUACGAAAACUUCCUCAUCUUUUCUCGCGUCUCAGCCAUUGACAGUAUCCACAUGACGGAUCAGAACAACAUCAACGGACCGAUACCGGAGAUUCAAAACACGACCUUCCUCAAAAACACGAUCGCCCUAAGCUACGACUACGAACGAAGUCUGAUCUUCUUUUCGGACGUGGAGUUCAGUUCUAUCAACUCGGUUCACUUCAACGGCUCCGACCAUCGUCAAAUCGUGUCCAAACAGCUUACCGUCGAAGGUCUAGCGUUCAACCCGAUCACCAAGCUUCUAUUCUGGACCUCGAACAACGAAGCAUGUAUCCGGUCCUUGGACCUAACCAACACUACCAACGAUCCGAAAGAGAACGCCGGAAUCGUUAGGGAAUUGAUCAAGCUAAAACCAACGGACAAACCUCGUGGAAUCGCCGUGGAACCCUGCCUAGCGAUGAUCUAUUGGACCAACUGGAACACACUGGCGGCGUCGAUUCAACGAGCCUACCCGUCCGGAUACGGGUUGGAAAGUAUUAUCACCACCGACAUUCGAAUGCCGAACGCCAUAACACUGGACUAUCAAGCUAAAAAACUGUACUGGGCGGAUGCCCGCUAUGACAAGAUCGAACGAGCCGAUUACGAUGGUCGGAAUCGUGUCGUGUUGGCACACUCGACCCCGAAGCAUCCGUUCGCGAUGGCUGUUUACGGUGAUUUGCUGUUCUGGACGGAUUGGGUACUGCACGCAGUGAUCCGGGCGAACAAGUACUCCGGCAGUGAUGUAGUCUGGCUACGGAAGGAUAUUGCGCGACCAAUGGGAAUUGUAGCUGUUCAGGAGAUUGAUCAAGAUUGUAGCGCAGAUCCGUGUAAAAUCUUGAACGGUGGCUGUGAGGAUGUUUGCUUGAUUGAUGCAGCCGGGAAGAUUAAGUGUAGCUGCACGCAGGGUGUGCUGGCAGCGGAUAAUCAACGGUGUAUUCCAAACCGAUCGUCAAACUGUACGGCCGAUGACUUCAGCUGUUCGAUUGGAGGCUGUAUACCGUAUUAUUUGACGUGUGAUACGAUUGCUCACUGUUUGGACGGUUCGGAUGAGUUGCAGAGCUAUUGCGCGGAACGUGAAUGCAUCGCCGGCUACUUCCAGUGCAGUAACCAUCGCUGCAUUUCACAAUCACUUCGUUGCGACAAUAUUCAAGACUGCGGGGAUGGUAGCGACGAAGAGCACUGUGAUUGUGAUCCUGCCACACACUUCAGAUGCAACUCGGGGCAGUGCAUUUCGCGGCAAAUGCGCUGCGAUAACGAUCCGGAUUGUGCGGACAUAUCAGAUGAAAUCGGUUGUCCAAGGAUUCGGAACUGCAGUGCUAUGCACUCGGGUGAGUUUUUGCAGUGUCCCAACACUACCGCUUGCUACAUGUCUUCGUGGCUUUGUGACGGGGAAAAUGACUGCUGGGAUAAUAGCGACGAGAUGAACUGUAGUACAUCGGUCGCACCGACCUGUCCGACGGAUAAGUUCCUAUGUGCGAACGGUCACUGCAUUCCCCAGAACUGGCGAUGUGACAGCGAGGAUGACUGCCUGGAUGGGACAAUGAAAAGUUUGAGUUCAGAUGAGAUUAACUGCACCCGACAUUGCAAGCCGAAUCAGUUCCAAUGUUUGAACAGUACGGAGUGUAUUCCAAACAGCUGGCAGUGUGACAAUAAUCCGGACUGUGCCGACGGAUCGGACGAGGGAACGCACUGCCAGCAGCGGAUAUGUCCAGAUUGGGAGUUUCAAUGCCCCGCCAGUGGACGCUGUAUUCCGAAGAAGUGGGUCUGCGAUGGGGAAGUGGAUUGUAUAGCAGACAACGAAGAUGAAAAGAAUUGUGACUCCAUGGAGCAAAGUUGUGAUCCGGAUUCGUUCACCUGUCACAGCGGAGAGUGCAUCAGUAGACAGUUUGUGUGUGACGGGGAUGUCGAUUGCGUGGAUGCGUCAGACGAGCCGAUAGAUUGUGGGACGGGUUUCGAAGAAACGGAGGCUUGUAAAGAAGACGAAUUCCAGUGCAAGGACAAGACGUGUAUUGCAAAAAAUUUGACCUGCAAUGUGAACAACGAUUGCGAGGAUGGAUCUGAUGAGGAUAUACAGCUGUGCAAAAACACUACAUUGAUAUGCGCGGGACCGGAACUGUUCCGAUGUGAGAGUGGAGCCUGCAUAGUCAGUGGGUUGUUGUGCGAUGGAGCGAAUGAUUGUGGAGAUUGGAGUGACGAGAAGUCUUGCAGUAUUAACGAAUGCGAGCAGAUGCCUAAUCUGUGCGCUCACAACUGUGAAGAUCGCGAGGUCGGUUACGAAUGUACCUGUCGAGCCGGGUUCAAAGUAAACGUAAACAACAAACACCUGUGCGAUAGCAUAGACGAAUGUAUGGAUCGACCGUGUAGCCAAAUUUGCACCAAUGUUUACGGUUCCUAUCACUGUUCCUGUUAUGAAGGUUACGUUAUGCGAGCUAAUGGAACCUGUAAAGCGAACACGCUGGAACCUGCCAAAUUGAUCUUCUCGAACCGGUACUACGUAAGGGAAGUAGACCUGAGUGGCUCAAUGUCGAUCCUCGCGCAUAACCUUUCAAAUGCAGUCGCUCUGGAUUUCGACUGGGAAACCAAGUGCUACUAUUGGUCGGACGUGACGUCCGUCGUAAGCUCGAUCAAACGUAUGUGUCUAGGUUCGAACAAAACUGAAGUCCUACACAAAUCCACAUUGAAAAAUCCGGACGGUCUAGCAAUCGAUUGGGUUGCCCGUAAUCUAUACUGGUGCGAUAAGGGACUAGAUACGAUCGAAAUCUCCAAACUGGACGGGCGUUACCGGAAGGUACUGAUCAACACCAAUCUCCAGGAACCGCGAGCUAUCGUUCUGGAUCCCUUCCGAAAGCACAUGUACUGGACAGAUUGGGGAGAUCAGCCGUACAUCGGAAAAGCCGGCAUGGAUGGGACUAACCAAACGAUGUUGAUCAAGAACACCCUUGGAUGGCCGAACGCUCUAACCAUAAGCUUCGAAACGAACGAACUUUUCUGGGGAGAUGCCCGGGAAGACUUUAUAGCUGUUAGUGACCUAGAAGGCAACAACCGCAAGGUAGUUCUAUAUAGAGAUACUCACCCUUCCAUGAACCUUCAUCAUAUCUUCGCCAUUGCCGUAUGGGAAGAUCGUAUCUAUUGGACCGAUUGGGAGACAAAAUCCAUCGAGUAUUGUCACAAGUACAGAGGUGAUGACUGUGGAACGGUAAUCCGGACCAUCCAUCGACCGAUGGAUCUAAGAGUGUACCAUCCGUACCGGCAAAUCAAACCAGACGAAGAUCCAUGCCAGUUAGCUGGGUGUUCAACUCUAUGCUUGCUUUCUCCCGCAGCACCCGGAUAUAGAUGCGAUUGUCCGGAUAACUUCGUUCUGGGCAUUGACAACAAAACCUGUAUUGCGAACUGUUCCUCAGCGCAAUUUCUAUGCAAGACCACCUUCAAAUGUAUCCCGUACUAUUGGAAAUGUGACAAACAGGAUGACUGCGGGGACAACAGUGAUGAACCGGACGACUGUCCAGAGUUUAGCUGCGAAUCGGGUCAAUUUCAGUGUGACAAUAAUAAAUGCAUCAGUCCUAGUUCGAUCUGUGACGGAGAGAAUCAGUGCGGGGAUGAAUCCGAUGAAAAAGAUUGCGAUGACUACGAGUGUUUCAGUUCACAAUUUAAGUGUAGCCGAUCGGGUGAGAAGAAUGCUUUCUGUUUGGAUGGACACCGGAGGUGUGAUGGUAACCGUGAUUGUCCCAAUGGGGAAGAUGAACUGGGAUGUGAGAAAACCAGCUGUGCAGAUCAUCAGUUUAAGUGCGGCUCCGGAAAGUGCAUAACCAAAGUGUGGGCAUGCGAUGGCGAUAUUGACUGCACGGAUGGGUCGGAUGAGCGGGAUUGUAUCCAUAGCACUUGCAGGCAAAAUGAGUUCAGAUGCAACAAGGGCCGCUGCAUUCCGAUGUCGUGGCGUUGCGAUGGCGAGGAAGACUGUACCGAAGGUGAAGAUGAAAAGGAGAACUGCAAACCGCCGGAGAUCAUCACCUGCGAGUCCUCCUACUUCCGGUGUAACAAUUCCAAGUGUAUUCCUGGCCGGUGGCGGUGUGACUACGAAAACGACUGUGGAGACAAUUCGGAUGAGGUGAACUGCCAGAUGAGAAACUGUUCGGAAUCGGAGUUUCGGUGCCGGGAUGGGCACUGUAUCCGCGGCAUUAGGAAGUGCGAUGGGGAGUUCAACUGCGCGGAUCAUAGCGACGAGGAUGACUGUGAUAUCAGCUGCAAGCCUGAUGAGUUCAAGUGCAAAAGUCAUAACAUCUGUAUAAGUUCAAACUUCGUCUGCGACGGGGACAACGACUGCAUCGAUGGUUCCGACGAGGAGCAGUGCCAAUGUCAGGAGGACGAAUACCGCUGCGACAAUGGCAAAUGCAUCCUGCGGAACUGGGUGUGCGAUGGAAUUGACGACUGUCUAGACCAGUCGGACGAGAAGAGCGAAUACUGCCAGGAGCAUGGAUGCCACAAACGUGCCUUCAAAUGUAGCAAUAGAAACUGUAUACGAAAGGGGCUGGUGUGCGACAAUAAGGAUGAUUGUGGGGACAAUAGUGACGAGAAGAUGGCGCUGUGCCACAAGUGCCCACCAAACACGUUCCGCUGCAGCAGCGAUUCCAAGUGUAUCGCGAACGAGUUGAGGUGCGAUGGAAAGCCGAACUGUUUGGACGAAUCGGAUGAACUGGGUUGUCGGCGGUCUGUGUGUGGGUUUGGAACGUGCAGUCAAAUUUGCGUCGAGAAGAAGGGUCAUUACAACUGUCGUUGUGCUACCGGUUAUCAGAAGGGCGUUCUGCGGAAUGAUACCUGUGUUGCUGUAGAAGAAAAUGGGCUGCUGCUGGUUUCGUCGGAGUCUGACUUCCGUAGUAUGUACUAUGGAACAACGGUGAUGGGUUUUCUACAAACAAAUUCUAAAAAGAUUGACCGGUUUGAUUACUCGAUCACUAGACAGAACAUCACUUUAUUCUGGGUGGACAGCCACGAUAAAAGCAUUCAAAAGGUACACAUGGAUACGACUGUGAAGGUUGUGGAAACGGAGGACUCACUGCACACGGCAUACCGUAGAGCGGCCCGGUCUUACGAUCAGAUAAAGACCUUGGACGGUAAACAUUCUACCGUAAUCCUGAACAACCAAAACAUAAUCCCAAUGGCGAUCGCUUGCGAUUGGCUAACGGAGCACAUUUACGUAAUCAACAAGAAGCAGAGCAAUAUUUUUGUGAUGACUUUCAAUGGGACAAAUCAUACGACACUGACCGCUACCGGGAAACAUCCGAUCGACAUCGUAGUAGAUCCGGUAAACCGAGUGAUGAUUUGGUCCAUCAUGGAAGCAAUUAUUUUGUCCGGUAUGGACGGCUACCAGAAGCAGAAGUUGGUGCAAGCGAAUAUUGAGUGGGCUUCUGGGCUGGCUAUUGAUCAGACGACCAACCGACUGUACUGGGCGGACUACCGGAAAAGCACGAUCGAAACGUGUCUCUUGCUGACCGGUGGUGACCGGCACGUCAUCAGCGUAAUGCACGACUAUUCCAAACCGAAACUGUUGGACGUGUUCGAAGAUAGUGUAUACGUAAUACUAUACAAUCAAAAUAUUCUUAAGCUGAACAAAUUCGGUAGAGAUAACGGAACCGAGGUGUUCCAGGGAACUCGAGGUUACCGAUCGUCAGAUUUGAACUACAUUCACCCCCUGAAGCACAAUCGUAAAAUAACCAAUCCUUGUAUUCUUUAUCCAUGUGAUGAAACAACGGUAUGUUUGCUGUCUACCGAAAACCCUAAGGGUCGUCGUUGCUUGUGUGCCGAUAGUAGGAUUAACCCGCAACUGGACAAUACGGGGGAAGUAGUUAAGUGUCAAGAUGAAGCCGCCACCGGCUGCAAACUCCCGUGCAACUUUGGAACAUGCGUGGUGGAAAAUGGACAACGGAAGUGUCGCUGUCCACCGCUGUAUGACGGCAAGUAUUGUGAACACUACAUCUGUUCCGGGUACUGCAUGAAUCGUGGUGCUUGCUACACCGUGGACAGUGUGAGAAAAUGUACCUGUCUACCUCAAUGGACCGGUGAUCGUUGCGAACUUUCCACCGGUGCUUGUCUGAAGUACUGUCACAACGGAGGUAACUGUUCGAUCGCGAAUGACGGCGCUAUGUCCUGUAGCUGUCCGAAGGAUUACGAAGGCAAGCAGUGCCAAUACUGUUCAAACCUGAAGUGCGAGAAUGGUGGAGUUUGUCGGAAAACGGCAACCGACAAGAGUCAGUGUGAGUGCCCGGAUGGGUUCAGCGGUAGAAGUUGCGAGAUUGAUACUUGCAUCAACUAUUGCGAGAAUGAGGGUGAAUGCACGAUCGAGAGGGGAGCUCCUAAAUGUAGCUGCCCGGAGGGAUCAUCUGGAGAAAGGUGUGAAAAUCAGGGCUGUAAGGAGCUUUGCCGCAACGGAGGUGUUUGUAUCACAGGUCCAAAUCCGUACUGCAGCUGUCGGCAUGGUUACGACGGACAGUACUGUGAGAUUGAUCUGUGUGAUGGCAGCGAAAAUCAACCGAGCUAUUGUCCUCCGCAGCGUCCAUCGCCAAGUCCGCUGCCGAACUCCUGUAACGAAUUUGUUUGCAGCAACACGGGCCACUGUCUGGAGGUACGCGGUAAACCGAUCUGCAACUGCACCAACCAAUACGCCGGCAAGCACUGUGAGCUGUACGUCAGCUACAACAAUCCGUGUAUCAACUAUUGCAAAAAUAGCGGCAUCUGCCAGCUGGAUAUCUACUCGAUUUCCAACGUAACCUAUGUGCCAUCGUGCGUGUGCGUGGGUGAGUGGAAUGGCGAACAGUGCGAGCGGCCACCAAACUGCGUCGAAGACUGCGGUACUUGCGUGGCCGACAGUUCCAUCAACGAGUGCAUGUGUGAGGAUGGUGCACUCAGCAUUUGUUUGAAGGAAGUGGCACUUGCUGAAUUGGAAAGUCGAGAUCGGGCUGGGUACACGUUGUCCGUUUUGGCGAUUGUGUUAUUUGUGAUACUUGUAGCUGUAGCUGGGUUCGGAGGGGCUCUCUACGGUUUGAGGAAACGAAGAGGUGGACAACCGUUUUUACAUGCUCGGCUUACGGAAAACGUGGAGAUCACAAAUCCCAUGUACCUAGGCGAUGUGGAAGAGGUGCCUUCGUUUGUACACGAGGAUGAUAAGGCCCACUUUGCCAAUCCCGUGUACGAUUCGAUGUACGCCGGCGGCAUUAACGUACACGCCGAUUCGUCCUCGAUACCGGGCAACAGUACCCAUCCACUGCUCAACGCAUCCGGUUCGGCACCGGAAGAGAAGAAGGGUCUAUUGCAGCACACUCAGGAUGACUCGAACGCGCAGGAUUUGUUAUGAUGUCGGCUGAAAAAAUAGUAGCUAGUGCGAUUCUAGAGGCCACCGAUUCUAGAGGCCUCUAGAACUCACGCUAGAAUAAGCGAUUCUCCGGGUUCGGUGAGUGCGGUUGAUGCGUUGCGUAUUUUUGGCACGGAUCAGCCACACCCAUACACAGUGGAGUUGUAGAUAAUCACAUGCCAGGUUAUAAUAUACUCAUGUUUUGUACUAUUGAUUGGUUUAGUUUUAAGUUAUAGAUCUCUCGAAUUACUCACAGGCAGCGCGAGUUUUAAGAUUUUAUGCGCCCCUUCUCCUGGUAGGCUCGGGCCAGAAGGGCUAGUCGGUAGCUAUGGACAAAUAGUUUGUCUGUGUUUUAUCUGUGGAUAAGUGGGUAGAAAAGGUAGUAAACGGGGUGAAAUCAUAGUUAGCCUUGUUUUUAGCAUUCACAUACGAAAGUAAAGCAGUGAACAAUUGCAUAACACCUUGAUAUCAGGUGUGAACAAACUCAAAAUAAAAAUCUUCCGAAGUUUUGUCCACACACGUGACACUUGACAUUUGAGCUUUAAUAAGUUUAUGUUACAUAUUGAAUAAUCAACUGUAAAUCAUCUAAGAAAACGUAGACUAUCAGUACAAUUAAUUAAUUAAAUCAAGCAGAUAAUUGAAUUUUAUAUGUUGAUAGCAAAUGCCAUUUAAUGCCACAAUCCAUUUAAUUAUUGCGUAAUUAUAGUGAGCACAUUUUUCAAAGCAAAAAUACGAUAAUAAACGAAAAACUAACCAUGAUACGGAAAAUGUCCAUCCAACUUUUGAUAAUAAACUCAUGACCGUUAGCUGAAACAAAAACCUAUGCUUGUUUGAACAUAUGAAAACGAUGAACAAAAAAGAUGAAACAAAACAUUGUAAAACUAGAAAUUGAUUGUGAUUUUUCGACGAAAAGAUAAAUAAUCGAGUCCUAACGUUGAAACUAUAUUAAUUGUAAAAUGAAGUUACGAAGUAGGUGAAAUUGUGAUCAGCCGUACGCUGAAGGGAUCCAAUCCGGCAGUUCGAAGAGUUCGUCGGAUGCGGUGAUUGGCGGCAAAGCGUUGUGUAUGUUGAAUCGAGCAAAUUGUUUUCUCUAAUAGACAUGAUUUCACUGUAUAACUAGUAUGCCAUAAAGGAAGUUGAAGCAGCUCGUUAGUUUAAUUGCAAUUUAUCGAAUUCAAAAAAGAAGAAAAAUCCUACAAAUAAAAUUAGUCGUUAGGUUAAACGAUCAAAGCCAAUACUGUAACAUAUAAUAAAUAGGAAAAUGAUUUCGGCUCGAGCGAGCUGGCGAGCUACUAGCAGCAGAACGAGAUUGAGCGAUUUUUGUACUGCAGUAAGGGAUGACCUAAAAUCGAUUUUGUCGCAAGCAAAGUGUUUUUAAAUAAAGACUGUAAUUUUUCAAAAAA